AUGAAGUUAAAAGAAAUUCCACGUACAGCUACUUUUGCCUGGAGCCCUGGACAGCAUUUGCCUAUAAUAGCUACAGGAACUGUAGCUGGAGCUCUUGAUGCUUCGUUCUCAAAUACUACCGAAUUAGAAUUAUUCCACCUUAAUCUUAAUAAAUCUGAUUCUGGUGUAGAAUUACAAAGUGCCGGAGUUAUCAAUAGUAACGCGAGAUUCGAUCGACUUGUAUGGGGAGUUGCAAAUGAUAAAUCAUAUGGUAUUGUCGCUGGUGGUUUGGAAAAUGGGGAAUUAGAUUUAUAUGAUCCGGCAAUAAUUUUAGAGGGUGGAGAUUCUGAAGAGGCACUUAUUCUAAGAAAUACUGCACAUUCGGGAAAUGUUCGUGGGUUACAAUUUAACCCAUUUCAAAUUAAUUUAUUAGCAUCAGCAGCAACCAAUGCUGAGAUAUUUAUUUGGGAUUUAACGAAACCAGAUAAACCAUAUACUCCAGGCACUAGGUCGCCAAAGCUUGAAGAUAUUACCCACUUAGCUUGGAAUAACCAAGUACAGCACAUUUUGGCAACCUCUUCAAACACGGGAUCUACUGUAAUAUGGGAUUUAAGAAGUAAAAAACACGUAAUGGAUUUAUCAUUUGGCGGUUCAACUGUAGCUGGAAAUUAUGGUAUGGGAAACAACAUGACUUCUGGAAUUACAGGAGUUAGAAGAGGUACAACCGCAGUUGCUUGGAGCCCGGAUAAUGCUACACAAGUUAUAACCGCAUCCGAGGAUGAUAUGAAUCCUGUGAUUGUUAUUUGGGACGUCCGUAACGCUCAUGCUCCUGAAAAGAUCUUAACAGGCCACCAAAAGGGAGUUUUAUCACUUUCUUGGUGUCAAAGGGAUGCUGAUUUGUUAUUAUCAUGUGGCAAAGAUAAUAGAGUUUUGUGUUGGAAUCCUAGAACUGCUGAAAUAAUAGGAGAGCUUCCUGCAAGUUCGAAUUGGGUUUUUGACGUUCAAUGGUGUCCUGGUAACCCCGAUUUAUUUGCUUCCGCAUCUUUUGAUGGCAAGGUUAAUGUACAUUCGUUACAAUCCGGUCAAAGUACAAAUGGACAGCAAGGUUUAUUAGAUAGCAAUGACCCAUUUGCACAGAUAGCAUCAUCAUAUGAACCUUCCCUCACACUUAAACAACCUCCAAAAUGGCUUAAACGGCCUGUCGGAGUAACUUUUGGAUUUGGUGGCAAAUUAGUGUCGUUUAAUAAUAAAGUUGCCGUAGGUGCUGCUACUCAGUUAAGACGUAUUGUUACUAUUUCAACAGUAGUUACUGAACCCGAGAUUGUUCAAAGAUCAAAUGAACUUGAAUUUUCGAUCGAAUCAAAAUCUUUAGAUAGCUUUUGUGAAAGUCGAAGCAAAAGUGCGCAUAAUGAAUUGGAAUCUGAAAAUUGGAAAAUACUUCACACAAUGUUUAAUGAAAAUGAAAAUGCAAGAGAACAAUUAGUUAAACAUCUUGGAUUCUUAAAAGCUGAUAUAAUUACGCAAAUUUCAACUGCAAUACAAAAUAUGAGUAUUAACGGUUCUGUGAAUAUCGAAAAAAAAGCUGAACCCGAGAAAAAACAAGAUAAGGUAAAACAAACAAGCGUUUCAGAGGCAGAAACUGUGCCUUUGCCUACCAGUCCUAAAUCAGAAGAAGGCCACGGUACAGUGGAUCAAUCCGUUGUCAAAUCUGAAAAUAUAGAAGAACUUUUUUCUGAUCAAUCUACAUCUGGUGGUGGUGGUCCUUCCGAUGCUUCGGAUUUCUUUAAUUCCGAAAUUAUUUCUGAUACUUUUCCUGUUCAUAAUCCCACCUCAACUUACAAAGCGCAAACAGUAUCUUCAUCUAUUAAAGGAAUUUUUAAAAUAUAUCCGGCUCAAGAAUCGGAUGUGGAUAAACUUAUUACAAGAUCUAUUGUUCUUGGAGAUUUUGAAUCUGCUGUGAACUUGUGUAUAGAGUCGGAUCGAUUAUCGGACGCUGUCCUUUUAGCUGGUUGUGGUGGUAACGAACUUUUACAACGUACCAGAAACGUAUAUUUUGAAAGAAAGUCUUCUAAUAUUCCUUAUUUGCGUUUACUUCAAAGUAUUGUAUCUGAGGAUUUAUCGGACAUUGUAUAUAAUGCAGAUUUAUCUGAAUGGCAAGAAAUAGUAGUCGUUCUUUGUACGUUUGCCCGUUCUGAAGACUUUGGCGAAUUAUGUAAUGCGUUAGGUCAAAGACUUGAACAAGAAUCUGAAGCUUGUUUAAAUGAUAAGCCAAAAGGAGCGGAAUUUCGGAAAAAUGCAGUAUUAUGUUACCUUGCGGCAGGAAAUCUUGAAAAUGUUGUUAAAAUUUGGAUUGCCGAGCAGGAAGAGGAGGAGCAAGUUGAACUAAAACUUGCUGAUCAGGAUGAUACUAAAUCUUCUAGUUCUAGAUAUUCAUUCCAUGCCAAAACUCUUCAAAGUCUCAUUGAAAAGGUUACUGUGUUCCGCAAAGCUAUAGAUUAUGUUGAUCCUGAUUUGGUUCAGAAUUUGGACGCUAGUGUCACAGAAACAAAUAAUAAAAUGUUUAAAUUGGCUAAUUUAUAUGACAAAUAUGCUGAGUAUGCUGAGAUUUUAAUCGCUCAGGGUAGACUGGCAACUGCUCUUAAAUAUUUGAAUCUAACGCCAUUGGAAUACAGGCAAAUGGAUGUGAAUGGUGUUGAUCCGUUAGCUGCGAUCAGAGAAAGGUUAUAUCAUUCAGGAGUUGACGUUAGUGGUAUUAAGGUACCACCUGCGUUCCCAUUUGUAGCCAAUCCUCCACACCAACUUCAACAACCAAUUCAACAACCAAUUCAACAACCAAUUCAACAACCAAUUCAACAACCAAUUCAACAACCAAUUCAACAACCAUAUCAACAACCAUAUCAACAACAAAUUCAACAACAAAUUCAACAACCAUAUCAACAACAAAUUCAACAACCAUAUCAACCACCAAUUCAACCACCAGUUCAACCACCCCAAAACUUACUAUAUAAUCAAUAUGCAUAUAAUGCUCCAAUUCAACCUCCAAUUCAACAACCCCAGAAAUCACCAUUUAAUCAAUAUGUAUAUAAUGCUCCAAACCAGAACCAAACAGGUUAUCCUUACCCGCAGCCCGCUUUUCCUGUUCAUGAAAAUGUAAAUUUAAUUCCACCUCCACCUCCACCAAUUGCCAAUACAAAUCUUCAAAAUACAAAUCUUUCUCCACAAGAUGUUUCGGCUGUAUUUAAGAAGAAUUUGCCUAAUUGGAAUGAUCCGCCAUCUGUAUCAUCAGCUCAGGCAGCAAAAAAGACUAUUCAAGCACAAGCAAACAAGCCACUGCCAAUCACAACUCCUUUCCCUUCAUCAACUUCCCCUGCACCACAGGGAACAAUACCACCACCUGGAGUUCACGAUCCUACAACUGCUGGGUAUCAAACAGCACCUACAACCGCUGGGUAUCAACCUAAUUUCCAGAUGUCUCCUCAGACAGCAGGAAAUUAUUAUACACCACCACCACAACAAUCAAGAGCGUCACCGCAAUCACAUGCACGACAAAUGCCGUAUUACGGAGCUGACCGCUCAACUCCCACUCCACCUCAAGCUGUUGGAUAUGGAGAUCAACAAACCCCAGUUGUACAACCCGCCAGAACACCUACUCCAGCGAAGACGCCUACGCCCGUAAAUAAACAUCCUGUUGGUGAUAGAACUCAUAUUCCAGUUACACAUAAACCAAUUUAUGAUGUACUCUCUCGUGAAUUACAAAGAACUAAACAAUAUUAUAAUGCUGGAUUACAAUCUAAACAAUUGGUUGACACAGAAAAACGACUUAAUGUGCUAUUUGACCAAUUGAAUAACGAAGAAAUUUCAAAUCAAAUAAUCGUGGAUAUUUUAAAAUUAGUUCAAGAAAAACGCGAUUAUGUUACUGCACAAAAUACUUUAGUUAGUAUAAUGACUUCAUAUUCCAGUGAAUCAAGAUGGCUAGUUGGUAUUAAACAAUUAUUGACGUUGAGUAAAAACGUACAAUAA